CGCUUCCGGUUUCCGGUCCCCCCUUAGCAAUCGCUGCCUGAGGGGGUUUCGGAGGAGGGCCGGCAGGGGCGCGGAACCGAGGGGCCCGGCCGGGCUGGGCAUGAGGAGCCUGGCCGCAUCCCGCACAGGUCAUCUAAUCUCUUUUACCAUAAUUUAAUUUGUUAAUAUUUUGGACAAGAACAACAACAAUGAUGUCAAAACAAGCCUUCCUCUGCAGUUUGGGCUCUCUCUAUUUGUCCCUCCUGUUUGUGUUUCUGCUGAUGGAUGUCUAUGCCAGGCCUGCAAACAAUUCUGCCUUAAAAGAGAAAGCAGUUGACAGCAAAGAUGAGAAUGAGAUCCUGCCCCCAGACCACCUGAAUGGGGUCAAAAUGGAGAUGGACGGACAUCUUAACAAGGAGUUUCAUCAAGAGGUUUUUCUAGGAAAAGAGAUGGAAGAAUUUGAUGAAGAUUCUGAACCGAGAAGGAACAGAAGGAAGCUUAUGGCCAUAUUUUCAAAGGUAGAUAUUAAUAGGGACAAAAAAAUAAGCGCUAAAGAGAUGCAGCGUUGGAUCAUGGAGAAGACAGAAGAGCAUUUCCAGGAAGCUGUGGAAGAGAACAAAAUGCAUUUCCGAGCUGUGGACCCUGAUGGCGAUGGCCAUGUGUCUUGGGAUGAGUAUAAAAUAAAGUUUUUGGCAAGCAAGGGCUUUAAUGAAAAAGAGAUUGCAGAGAAGAUCAAAAACAACGAAGAGCUAAAAAUUGAUGAAGAAACACAGGAAGUUUUAGAUAAUCUGAAAGACCGUUGGUACCAAGCUGACAAUCCACCUGCUGACCUGUUACUGAAUGAGGAAGAGUUCUUGUCUUUUCUUCAUCCGGAGCAUAGUAGGGGGAUGCUGAAGUUUAUGGUCAAAGAAAUCAUCCGUGAUCUAGAUCAAGAUGGAGAUAAGAAACUCACCCUUUCAGAGUUCAUUUCCUUGCCUGUUGGUACAGUAGAGAACCAACAAGCUCAGGAUAUUGAUGACGAUUGGGUGAAAGAUAGAAAGAAGGAAUUUGAGGAAGUGAUUGAUGCCAACCACGAUGGCAUUGUCACCAUGGAAGAGCUGGAGGAAUACAUGGAUCCUAUGAAUGAGUACAAUGCCCUAAAUGAAGCCAAGCAGAUGAUAGCUGUGGCAGAUGAGAAUCAGAACCAUCACUUGGAGCUGGAGGAGAUCCUGAAAUACAGCGAAUACUUCACGGGCAGCAAGCUUAUGGACUAUGCACGGAAUGUUCAUGAGGAGUUCUGACCAGGCUCAUCUCUGCAGAGCUCUGAAGCACCUUCUUGCUUUCCAAAAACAAAAAGAAAGUUACCUUGCUGCUAUAUGUGUUGUGUGUGUGUGAAUGAUGUGUUGUCGUAGACUUAAAAAAAACCCGUCCAUAUAGAAGAACUGCAGUUCUCCUUUAACCUUCAGUAUAAAGAAGGAAAGGGCUGUAAGUAACAAGGCAGGAUCUGGACUAACCAGUUCAUGCUACCUUGUGCAGUUAUUGUAGCUGAAAGUUCAGCUUAGGCCUUGUGAAGUAUCUUUAAAUAUCUAACUUCUGUUGCCUGCAAAGCUGCUGAUCUGUGAAAAUCAUCAUUAACAUUGGAGGAUCUUAGUUUUUUUCUUUUUUAAAGGAGAUUGUUUCAGAUAUUUUUUUUCUGACAGCAUUCUAGGAGAAUCCAGCAAGGGAUUAAUUGGCGUAUAAACUGCGUUGGUUUUGCUCAGCACAGGAUCCUUUAUAUGUAGGGGUGUGGAUAUGUACUUUUCAGCUCAUGAACAUCAGCUGUAAAUUUGCAUCAGAGGUGCACGCUGUCUCAGUGCAGGUGGGCUGAUUAGGAUGUGUUUUCAGCUGCCUUUAAUAUAUAUUCACCUCACUUCACCUCUAAUUGUACUAGAAUGGCCACUAGCAGGGUGAAGAAAAGAAAAAUGUGAACACUCUUAAAAUAUUCACUAUAAGUGAAAGGCUCCAUCAGGCAAACAAUGACUGCUGAGGAGCUUAUUUAUAUUCACCAUUGCUUUUGGCUGGACAGGCAUGGUUUUCAUUCCAUUCCAUUAUGCAAAUGAGAAGCCUGCUGCAUCUGAGUCUAUUAAAGUUUUUGAACAGAGUAAGUAUUUUUUUUUUAGCACUCUGCUGACAGGAACAAUAUGGCUGGAAAGAACAGACAGCCAUGAGAGAGGAAAUGGCAACCACAUUGCUUUAAAGGCUAUCCAACCCGAUCAGUACUUUUUUGGUUCAUCUUCCUUCUCUUCCUGCAUUUUUCAAAAUACCUUUUAGUCUGGGUAUUGGGUGUCCAGUUUUGGAGACUAUUAAAUAACUGCUUUUCCAGCACUGCUUUUCCAAUUUGAAAAAUUACUUUCCUUUUUAAACAGGAGUGCUUGAAAUUUUACAAGUGAAAUCCUUUUUUUUUUUAUUUAAAGCAGAAUGGAAACUGAUCUACCAUGUCACAGAAAUCCCGCCCUUGUGCUGUUCUGCAGCAGUGGGAAUGAGAAGCUCAUUUUAAUCACUUUCAUUUCAAAAGAGCUCCCAUUUCUAAACACAGAGAGAGGAAUGUCUUAACCUGUGAAUGUUCAGGGAGCUGCAGUGAGCAAAAAUGGAUCCAGCUUUUAGAAUCAUGGGCUGCGUUGCAACUAAUUAGAAUUCAUUCUGAAUCAAUCUGGUUAAAUUUGUUAAAACUAGUUAAAUUUGUAGAGCUGUUUGGUUAGGUCUCACAAGCUAAUCCCUACAAGUAGGAUUGGUUUCAACCUCCAUUGGUUUAAUUUAUGUCCCACUCUUCUCUAGCUGUACUGUGGUCUAGCAGAGGCAGUUCAGAGCAUCUUAAGGUUCCUUGAGCUUUUUGGUUUAAUCUGUUUUGGCGGGAAUCUCUAUGGAGAAUCUUGCAACACAAGGGUCAUAUCCACUAACGUUGGAAAAUAAAAAAUGCUUCACUUUAUUCUAGCCUUACCCUUGCUGUAAAAAACCCAUUUUGGGGGGGAUUGCUUGAAAUUCCAAUUAAGGUGUGUGAUAUCUAAUCAAGUUUAUUCUCUUAAUAUAAUGUAAAUACAGGGAUUGCUGUUUGGUUUUGAUUUAAAAUGUCCCUUUUUUUUUGUUAAAUGGCUUGUAUCAAAGUCUUUUUAUAUAAAUUUAUCUUUUUUUCAUUAAAUAUAUUUCUCUGUGCUUUGGCAGUGCUCCAGCAUUGAGAUUCUUCAUUAAGACAGACUAUUUAAGACCUCAGAUUAAAGAAAUUGAAUCAUGAAAAUGAAUAUAAGUCAAAUAGGAGCGGGGAAAGAGUGGGGAAAUUGUGAUAGUCUACUCAUGUUCUACUUGUAACCAAAAGCAGCUGGAUGUUCCUUCUAUAAUGAGUCUACAGAGACUGAUUUAGACCCCAACUACUCUGACUUGCAACCAACUUCUGGUUUUGUUUAAACAUGGUUGGAUUGUAGUGUAGACAGGGCCUGAAACAAUACCUCUGAUGUGAUUUUUAUCUCACAUGAUGUUACCCUGGCAUCACUGUAAUCUCUUUCAUUGUGGCUUAAACUGGGCUGUGUGGAGAGACUCAGAUGAUUCCUGUCUACAUUUAAGAAAGAAGGAAACUAAGUUCAGAUACUGUUCUGUUUAAUCAUCUUAAGGUUCUUUAGUGUUCUACUUGCAAUCUUGCCUUUCCCAAUUUCUGCAACUGUCAGAUUCUUAAUCACAGGGCAGUUUUCAUCUGCAAGUAAUCUACUAUUGAACCAGUUCUUCCAUUUAGCACUACUUACAGUAGUUGAUUGUUUAACUUUGUCCAUGGUCACUUACCACUGUUCAUAACAUAAAAGCAGUCUGCCUACUGCUAUAAAGUGCUUGGUAGCCAAGCUAUUACCGGCACAUGGCAGGUGGGAGGGUUUGUAUUUUAGGGAAAGGUGGGUGGAAUUAAAUUAAACCUAUUUGGUCUUUAGUAGACCAAUGUUGAGUUAUUAAUUGUGUGAUAUAACUUGGGAUAUGUGCAUAUAGUUACAACUUCCAGCACUGCAAUGUAAAGUGUGUACAUAAACAGUAUUUACCAACUGAAUGAUAUUUUACCAGCAUUCAAUUGUAGUGAAGUAGAAUCUGAAUAUAUAGUCAUCAGUGUUUACAUUGUUUUUGCUUUAAAUGUAUUAGCACAUUUCCAACCUUAUGUUUUUGUAAAUUUCAUCCACAUCAAAGUCUUUUGUAUUGAUUCCCUUCCAGAUGAAUAACCAGAUCCUGCUACUUGCUAUGAAAGGGGGAGGAAGACAGUUUAAGUUGAUCAAAAGUUGCAAAGGGAAGAAAUAAGUCACUACGAUAUAAAAUUAUUUACCUGAUUUUUUUUACAGUGAUGUUACCUAGCAAGACUUAUGCCGCUGUAUUUCCUAUGUGCAGACCAGUGUGGGUUGUGUUCUUUUUUUCAUUGCAGAUAGAGCAAAAGAUAAUUUGGAGUGAAAAAAACAUCAGCUCUGGGGUUUUUGGGGUUUCUUUUGGUUUUUUUAAAGGAACAGCUUUACUAAAGCUGUAACUUUCCAAUGAUUUGGAGAGGACUGUGGAAUGGAAAAAAAAAUUGGUAUGUCUUUUAAAAAUUCAGAGACAUUGGGGGAGAGGGGAACAGCAUAAAUAAAAUACAGCAAUAGAAUUGCUCUGCAAUCCUCUCAACUGUAUCAGAUUAUAAAGGAUGUCAUUCAUUUCCGGUCCAAAUUUACUUCCCUCCAAUACAGACCUGGUGGUGGUUUCUUGCAAGUGAACCGUAAAUUGACAUCAGAAAUGCUGAGUCUUAGAAGUCUGGUUCUAAAAAAACUUGACAAAUUUAAAUAAAAAUCAAAUAAAAUCCA